CCGGCGCGCGGGGGGAUGCCCUGGGGGCGGCUUUCGGAGCCUGCUGCGGCGCGGGAGGUCUGGCGGCUCAGCCGGCCCCGCGGAGAGUGAACCAAGGCCUGAGUUUCGCUCUAGAAAUCUGUCCUGCCUGCUUCUGUAAUUUGACGCUAUGCCUCCAGAUCUUGGAUCCUUAUGGAUACUGCUGUAUGUUACUCUUACAAUACUGUGCUCUUCUGUGAGUUCAGACUUGGCACCUUAUUUUAUUUCUGGGCCACUCUCUGCUAUCCAGAAACUUGGUGGACCUGUAGUGCUACAUUGUUCUGCUAAACCUGUGACCGCUCAUAUCUCAUGGUUGCACAAUGGGAAAAGACUGGACAGAAACAUGGAACAUAUUCAGAUUCAUGAGGGGACUUUGACGAUUUCUUCUCUUAGCCCCUCCCUUUCGGGUUCCUACCAGUGCAUUGCCAACAACAGCGUCGGCGCCAUUGUGAGUGGCCCUGCAACAGUAUCCACUGCAGUUCUUGGUGAUUUUGGUUCAUCCACAAAGCAUGUUAUUACAGCAGAAGAAAAAAAUACUGGUUUCAUUGCCUGCAGGGUACCAGAGAGUAACCCCAAAGCUGAGGUGCGCUAUAAAAUCCGGGGAAAAUGGCUGAAACAUUCCACAGAGAAUUACUUAAUCCUUCCGUCAGGGAACCUUCAGAUCUUGAAUGUAUCCUUAGAGGACAAGGGAUCAUACAGAUGUGCAGUUUAUAAUCCUGUCACACAUGAAUUAAAAGUUGAACCCAUUGGCCGAAAGCUCCUUGUGAGUCGCCCUUCUUCAGACGAUUGUCACAUUCUUCACCCCACCCUUUCGCAGGCAUUAGCUGUUCUUUCCCGCAGCCCUGUAACCUUGGAGUGUGUAGUAAGCGGGGUCCCUGUUUCUCAAGUGCACUGGCUGAAGGACGGGCAAGAUAUCGUGCCAGGAAGUGCCUGGAGAAGGUUGUAUUCUCAUCUUGCCACAGAUAGCAUUGACCCCGUGGACUCUGGAAACUAUUCCUGCGUGGUGAGGAGCAAGUCUGGAGACGUGAGACACGUGACUUACAUGGUUACCGUACUUGAACAUGCUUCAAUUUCUAAAGGACUGCGGGAUCACAUAGUGUCUCUGGGUGCCACAGUGUACUUUACCUGUGAUGUUCAUGGGAACCCAUCCCCCAACCGUACCUGGUUUCAUAAUGCUCAGCCCAUUCAUCCUUCCCCACGACAUCUAACUGCAGGAAAUGGACUGAAAAUCAGUGGAGUUACUGUGGAAGAUACUGGGCUGUAUCAGUGUGUGGCAGAUAAUGGGAUUGGAUUUAUGCAGUCUACUGGAAGACUUGAAAUUGAAAAAGACAGUGGAUUCAAGCCAGUUAUAAUUACAGCACCAGCUAGUGCAAAGGUGGCCGAUGGAGACUUUGUCACUUUGUCCUGCAAUGCUACAGGGGUGCCAGUGCCAGCCAUUCGCUGGUAUGACAGCCAUGGGUUGAUAACCAGCCGUCCGUCUCAAGUCCUCAGAUCUAAAUCCCGGAAAUCACACCUACUGAGACCCGGGGGCUUGGACCUGGAGCCUGUCCACUUUGUCGUGUCCCGAGCUGGCUCCAGCGUGCUCCACGUUCAGGCCGCUGCUCGGGAGCGUGCUGGGCGGUACGUGUGUGAGGCUGCGAACGAACAUGGCUCCACACGGGCAGAAGCAUUUCUCACAGUUGUACCAUUUGAAACAAAUACAAAAGCAGAAACAGUCACACCUUAUGAUGCUACUCAGAAUGGUGAAAGACGUAAAAGAGAUGGUUUAGAAACUGGAUUGUUGAGCUCAUUUCCAGUGAAGACACAUUCGGAAUCGUCAUCGGAGGGGAACACUAGUGAUGAUGCCUCUGUCCCUGAUGCUCCCAUCAUACUGAGCCCCCCGCAGACCCACACAGCAGACACGUACGAUCUGGUGUGGAGGCCAGGGAAGGAUGGUGAACUGCCCAUCAACGCCUAUUUUGUGAAGUAUCGAAAGCUGGAUGAUGGGGCUGGCAUGGUGGGAAGCUGGCAUACGGUUCGAGUCCCAGGAAGCGAAAAUGAGCUCCGUCUGACUGAACUGGAGCCAUCCAGUCUUUACGAAGUCCUGAUGGUAGCAAGAAACGCAGCGGGUGAGGGACAGCCUGCCAUGCUUACCUUCCGAACCAGCAAAGAGAAAACAGCAUCGUCAAAAAACACACAGGUAUCCUCUCCACCCAUGGGCAUGCCUAAGCAUCCUGUUGUUUUGGAGGCUGCAAACAAUUUUGGAGUGGUACUUACAGAUUCUUCUAGGCAUAGUGGAGUUCCAGAGGCACCAGAUCGGCCUACUAUCUCCACUGCCUCAGAGACGUCGGUCUAUGUCACUUGGAUUCCGAGGGCAAAUGGGGGUUCUCCAAUCACUGCCUUCAAGGUCGAAUACAAACGAAUGAGGACUAGUGAUUGGCUGGUGGCAGCUGAAGAUAUCCCUCCUUCUAAACUUUCUGUGGAAGUUCGUAGUUUAGAACCAGGUUCAACAUACAAAUUUAGGGUCAUUGCUAUCAACCAUUACGGUGAGAGUUUUCGAAGUUCAGCAUCUCGUCCUUACCAGGUGGCUGGGUUCCCCAACCGGUUUUCCAACCGUCCAAUAGCUGGACCUCACAUUGCUUACACAGAGGCCGUCAGUGAUACUCAGAUCAUGCUAAAGUGGACGUACAUUCCAUCAAGUAACAAUAACACUCCUAUUCAAGGAUUUUAUAUCUAUUACCGACCAACAGAUAGUGACAACGACAGUGAUUACAAGAGGGAUGUUGUAGAAGGUUCAAAGCAGUGGCACAUGAUUGGCCACCUGCAGCCAGAAACCUCCUAUGACAUUAAAAUGCAGUGCUUCAAUGAAGGAGGAGAAAGCGAAUUUAGCAACGUGAUGAUCUGCGAGACUAAAGUGAAACGUGUUCCUGGAGCUUCUGAGUAUCCGGUCAAAGACUUGAGCACCCCUCCAAGUUCUUCAGGAGGUGGAGGAAACGCCGGGCCUGCAGCUAGCCCUGGCAGAAGCAGCGAUAUGUUGUACCUGAUCGUGGGCUGCGUGCUGGGUGUCAUGGUCCUCAUUCUUAUGGUUUUCAUUGCCAUGUGCUUGUGGAAGAAUCGCCAACAGAAUACCAUACAGAAAUAUGACCCACCGGGCUAUCUCUACCAAGGGUCAGAUAUUAACGGGCAGAUGGUGGAAUACACCACUCUCUCAGGAGCAAACCGGAUAAAUGGAAAUGUUCGUGGAGGCUUCCUGAGCAACGGUGGCCUCAGCAGUGGCUGCUCACACCUGCACCGGAAGGUUGCGAGUGGCGUCAACGGAGUUGUGAACACGAGCUUAAAUGGAGGGCUUUACUCUGGCCACAGCAGCUCUCUAACCAGGACACAUGUGGAUUUUGAACAUCCUCAUCACCUAGUGAAUGGCGACGGAGCGGGCGCCGCGGGCCCGCGCACCGACCCCCGGGAGUGCGCCCGCUGCCGGCGCUGCCGCGACAACAGCAGGUGUUUCACCAAAACCAACGGCACUUUCAGUGGCAGCUCUCUUCCUGUGGUCCCCGUGGUAGCACCUUAUCUUCAGGAGGGCUUGGAAAUGAAGCCCCUCACCCACAUGCAGAUGUCUGUGUGUCUGGCUCCCACAGUCCCUGAUUGUGGCGCUAUACCUGAGGAGAGCAUCGAGGACAAUGUGGCAUCAGUACCUGCUCAGCACACUCGCUGUCAGGACCCCAUAAAUGACAUCAGCUCUGAUCACACGGAAGAUACAGCAGAGUUCAGCAGAGGAGACAGCUGUGUCUGUUUGGAAACAGAGAACGAAACUCUAAGUUGGAAUCCUUUUAUUUUGCCCCAUGUCUCAGGGGACUGCUCUGAGAAGACAGCACGGUGUCCCCCUGGCAUUCCUUUAGACAGCUCGUCGGGGGCCCGCAGCAACCCCGGGAACCCUGACGUGCAAAUGACUAGUCACGUUUCCGUGUCCAGCCGGUAACUGCAUGAAACAGCCCUGGGAAUGAACUGUGUGAAGGACCUAAUUCAAAUCAGAGAAAAUCAUUAUUUAUUUUUUUUUUGCAGUAGUAAUGUCAUCUGAAUGUAUCUUAAAAUGUGUGCCCUUUUAUAUUA